UUUGCAACGUUUUCCUCCAAGCUCUCUCUCUCCCUCUCUCUCUCUCUCUCUGCGCUGCUGAAGGGAGCCCUAGAAGGAGCAGCAGCUGCCACCGAACUCGUCUCUACCUCUCCAUCGGAGGGCCGAUUCUUCGUCAAUCGGUUCUGAUUUCCAACGAAAUCGAGAGAGAUUUGGACUUCGAAGUCCCAGUUCUAGGAAGAAUUAUCACCCGAUUGAGAUUCUUUCAUCUUUGUCCUUUGUUCUGGUAAUAAUCCGAUAUCUGUCGGCCCAGCUUCCAGUCUGCUCGGAUCCGGAUCUGGCCGGUCCCUUAGUCUUGGCCGUGUUCGGUCGCGUGAAUCGGUUUCUCGGGCGAUUCCGUCGAUUCUGUGUUGUACCCGGUUUAGGCGAUGCUCUUCCCUUCCCCUUCUUUACUUAUGUCCAGGGCAUGUCGUGGGUCGUUCUUUGAGCUUCCUCUGUCUAGCUGUAGCAUGUGUGGACGGCGGUGUACCUUCUGUCUGCCUAGUGGAUGCUCGGGACUGACCUAGUUUCCGGUUUGGCGUAUUUUGGGCUUGUUAAAAGUCCAACUUAGAGAGUCUGUGGGCAUAUCACUGACGUUGGAAAGAUGCCGAAGGACAGAAGAGAGCGAUCUGUAUCUUCUGAUAGGUGCAGGGCAUCUCCUUUCCGUUGCAGCUCCAGUAGAACAAAACAUCCAUCCUCAAAAGUUCCUUCUGAAACUGAGGCAAAUAUCAAAGAAUGGGAAGAAGCCAGGUGCCCUGUGUGCAUUGAACACCCUCACAAUGCCGUUCUCCUCAUAUGUACUUCUCACGAUAAAGGCUGCCGUCCUUAUAUGUGUGAUACAAGCUAUCGACAUUCCAACUGUCUUGACCAGUUCCGCAAAUCAUUUGCAGUGAGCACACCGACAACACCAACAACCCCAACAACUCCAAUACAGGAGCAGAGUCUUCUUGUUAAUGAAAGUUCAUCGCCUGAAAUACCCCAAGAAGAAGAACCUCUACUUGGAAAUGAAACCUUGCCACUGCAAGAGCUAAGUCCACCUCCAAAUGCUAAUCUGUCUGGGGAUAUUUCACAGCGGGAACAUAGUCCACCUGCAAAUAUGAGCUCACCCACUGAGUCGACCGUUACUGAACUGCACGAAGAGCAUGCAGAUGGACAUGUUACGACACCUUCCGAGAAUCCAGCUGAUCCAAAGCUCCUAUGCCCGCUCUGCCGAGGGCAGAUCAAAGACUGGAUUGUUGUGGACGCAGCUCGCCGCUAUAUGAACGCGAAAUCGAGAAGCUGUGCAUGUGCGACUUGUGAAUUUUCCGGGACCUAUAUGGACCUAAGAAAGCAUGCUAGGCUCGAGCAUCCUACUGUUCGGCCAACUGAGGCUGACCCAGAAAGACAGCGUAGUUGGAGGAGAUUGGAACGACAGAGGGACCUUGGGGACCUUCUCAGUACCCUCCAGUCCUCCUUUGAGGAGGAAAGAGGUGAAGACAGCCUGUUGCCCAUGGAUGAAAGGGGUUGGCUGACUGUUUUUUUUCUCAUACGAGUAUUUAGGCCCGAGUCAAGCUCAAGGAAUAGCAGCUGGUCCGGUACCUCUAGAGCAAGAGCUCAACUGAGUUUUAGGAGGAGGUCAACUAGAUUAUGGGGUGAGAGCUAUGAUGGGGAGACGAUUUCUUUCUCCACAGAGGACGAUAACGAGUCAUCAGGUGAUGAAGUGGGUCCCUGGAGGCGGCUUCGGCGUACCAGACGAAGGACAACUCCGGAUGACCAGCCCUGACAGCAGGUUCCUUUGGAAGUCGUAUCCAAGCCGAUGCGGGUCCUUCCAAUCGGGUGAAUGAAAGAGGAGGUUAAUCCAGCUCCUCGGUUUUUCUGCUUUACAUGUCCCGUUCUAUGCAGUACGGGACGACCAAUCCUUUCUGCUUCCAGUUACUCGGAUGUUGGCAAAGAGGGUUGGAACAAUUUGUAAAAUUUCUUGGAAAUCUUAAAACGAAUUAAUGUACAUUUGUUUGGAUGCUAUUGAACUCCUUGUUUGUUUGCGAUAGAUAAAAUUGUCUCCGAAUGUGAUGCUGAAUUGGCCUUCGCGAUUGGGUGAGCUUCGGUGGCUGCUACUGCCCCCGGAGUCUCAUCAACUGGCGAGGGCUAUUGUCAUUAGAUGAAUACAUGAGAAAUAAAUGUAGAUUUCUGAAAUGCUAUGUUUUGCUGGAGGAAAUACAAUCUUCACUGAUUUGAA